CGGGAAGAAAUGGAGAACAGUAUCUUUUAGGGGACUGGGAGAAGUUAGUUGAAAGGUUCUCAAACAGGACACCCACAGGCACAAGAGAAUACAUGAGCACAGAUGGAUGGGUAGAUAUGGUGUGGGGUGACAGAUGGCUCCCAACUUUGUCAUCAAAACAGGGUAAGUCUACAAAGUAAGGAAAAACAAACACAGCCUUGAGAUACCCAGUGCAAGUUCCAGGAGAAGCCACUUAGAAGUUAGGGUGGUAGUCCCCAGUGAGCCCAGCACAAGACAUGGAGCAAAGACUGUGUGUUGGGGGGAGGGGGGAGAAACAGCUUCCUUUGAGGGUUUGUGUCCCCAGAGAAACAAACGUCACUUGUUCUCGUUCUAGCCCUAAAGGGCCUUGAAUGCCAGGCCCAGGAACCUCAGUGUUUAUUGUUGGGUUCCACCGUAUUCCGUUCUGUCUCGUUGCCAGGCGGUACAUUCCAGUGCGGCUAUCAACUCCAGCCCCGCCCGUGCACCUGAGCACCAAUGGCCUUCUACAGGAAGUUGAGGAUCUUUACUUUUUGUGGUCAGAUUUGCAAACGGACCUGUCGGUUCUUCGGGAAGCUGCGCAAGCGCCUCGGGGGGCUCUGGAGAACUGUUAAGAGAUGUUUUACUAAGACCCAGGAGGUAGAGCAGCAAAUGUCUGCAACUGAAAGCAUUUUUCACAGAGAGAAAAUUGUGGAGCUUGGCAACACACUGAAGAAUACACGUCUAUCCCUUGAGAAAAGAGCUUUGGCUGCCCAGAAAAUUGGACUACUGGCCUUCACAGGAGGCCUGAGUGCUGCCCAGUUCGCCAGCGAGUACAUGAAAGAAGUUGCUUCCUUGCUGCUGAAUGAAAAAGUGAUGUCGUCGAAGACGAAGAUCCUGCUGCUCCAAAGCGUGGCGUGCUGGUGCUACUUAAACCCUGCCAGCCAGAAGAGAGCCAGGCAACUGCAGUUCAUUCCCAUCUUUAUCACUUUCUUCGAGACUCCCUUCCACUCCACCAUCAAGAGUGAAGUAAACAGUCACCGCCUCGUGCAGUUUUGGAUAUGCUAUGCUCUCUCUGCCAUGACCUGUAACAAUUUAGCCAUCAUGAAGGAGCUGCGGUCUUACGGUUCUCUAAAAUACCACCUGCAGAUAUUGGCCAUGGAGAACUGGUCUGGGUGGUCUGAAAAUUUUGCCGAGGUCUUAUACUUCCUAGUAGGUUUUCACAGGAAUUAAUUCAUUUUCAGUCUAGUUGCAUGAUUCAGCUAUCUGUGCCAUCGCAUUACCCUGGAAACUUGCAAUAAAGAA